AUGAUUAUCUAUUUGUUAAUAUUAAAUAGUUUCUUCAUUAUAAAUUCUGUUGAGUCGUUACAUCAUAAGCUCACAAAACGAGAAAUCCAACAUGUGUUUGGAGUUGAGGAGAAGCAUCAAAUUCCCACCUAUCAUAUGAUAAAACCUGAAAAGUAUGAAACAGAAGAUGGCCAUCUACGUAUGAAGUUCGAUGCCUUCGACAACACUUAUGAGAUGCAACUCAAGCCGAACACAAGGAUCAUAAGCCCUCACUUGAUAUCCGUCAUUAGGAAUGGAACGGACGCGAAAGAGUUCAAAGGCUUACCUCUGAAAGCUGAUUGUCACUAUCAAGGAAACCUCUUAUCUCAUUCAAAUGAGAGGGUGGCCAUUUCUGAUUGUAAUCAGCUGAUGGGUACUCUUCACAUGGAUGAUCACUUUCUUAUAAUACAAACAGUUCCUCAUCGUGUUCAGCAUCAUCAGGAAGAACGUCAUCUCGUUUUCAAAAGAUCAGCUGGUCUAUUAACAGACCUGGAGAGACAUUUUGAAGAAGAGAUAGUUCGAUUAAACGAAGAACAAGAACCAUUCUGUGAUACUAGUGAGUCGCUGGAUGAUCCUCUUGGACCUCAAAUUCUGUCGUUGAACUAUUCAAUCCCCUCAUCAGCACAACUUGAUUCACCUUUCAUUUUCCCUAAUAUGGAUGCUAUCACUUUGGAAAUUGGCUUAUUCCUUGAUUCAAAGCUUUUCGAACACUUUCAAAGAGAGUAUAUUCAAGACCCAGAACAACAUCUGAUGGACUUCUCUUUGGCUCUCAUCAACAAUGUUCACGUCCUUUAUCAACAGCCAACUCUUUCUCCUAACAUCGAUAUCAUAAUCGUUCGUUAUGAGAUGUGGAAAAGUCAACCAGUGAGUUUAACCCGAACAGAGUACGAUGGAACUAUUUGUAUUGCUCAGAGUAACUUGGAUACUUUGGUACACAAAGGAGGACAGGCCCAAGCUUUGCUAGAUGCUUUCUGUAGACAUCAGUCUCAUAUUAACCCAGGAACCGACUUGACAGAUAUGGGACACUGGGAUCACGGAGUCUUGCUGACAGGAUAUGAUAUAUACCAUACCACGUCGUCAGUAGCUGGAGUUGCACCGGUAGCUCGAAUGUGUGAUCCAUUAUUCGCCUGUUCAUUGGUUGAAGGAUUACAUUUGGGACGUUCGUUCGUUCUGGCUCACGAAAUGGGACACAACAUGGGAAUGGUUCAUGAUGGGGUCCAGAACCAAUGUAGUCGAUCAUGCUGUCUGAUGUCAGCUGUAAACGGAGCAGGCAAAACAACAUGGUCGGAGUGUUCAGUUCGAGAAUUCAAUGCCUUCCUUCUUCAAUUAGAUGAGUCCGGUAGAGGAAACUGCUUGAGGGAUUCGUCCCCUGGCCUGAUCUCUCACAAUCAUUUGAACGAUGUUCGAUUACCCGGACAGCGGUUCACAGCUGAUCAACAGUGUUCCUACUUCUGGGGUAGAGAUUACCAAGUUGAAAUCCCAGCUGGGCGGUCUAUGGAGGAUAUCUGUCGCAUCUUAUGGUGCGGGAACAGUGGCUCUACCAUAUCAACAGCUCAUCCAGCUCUAGAGGGAAGUUGGUGUGGAGAUAACAAAUGGUGUCAUGAAGGACGAUGUGCUUCAUGGCCUAAUGGUGAACAACCCCUUGUUGUUCAUGGCCAAUGGUCUGACUGGAGCAAUGGAGAGAAACUAUGCCCUGUGCAGCAGUGUCAUAUUCAAGGCUCAAUCACAAUAAAAGCUCAACACAGAGACUGCGUAAACCCCGCUCCGAACAAUGGUGGAAGGACAUGCAAAGGUUCUUCAAUCCGUGGUAGCAUUUGUGGUUCUCAUAUUUCUCAUUGUGACCAUGGAUUAUCAAGAGAAGAAUUCAGUAAUCGGGUUUGUGCCGCCAUAAAAAAUGAUCCUUUCAAACCUGACUUACAACUUACCGGCGAAGGAUUUGAUCAUUCUACUCAGCCAUGUCGCGUCUGGUGUCAUUUGGUUGAUUCGGAGUUAAUUCGUAACAAAGGACAGUUCCCAGAUGGGGCUCCUUGUGGUGACAAUCAGUUCUGUGUCAGUGGAGUAUGCUUGAACGUUGGGUGUUCGAACAAGGCUCUGAUUGAAAUGGAUGAGGAUUGUCCAGCAUUCCAAGGAAAGAAAUUAGGAAAAUGGAAUGAUUGGACCAAGUGGUCAGAUUGUUCCGUGUCCUGUGGAGAUGGUGGUCACCAACAGAGAAAGAGAAGUUGCGUUGGAAGAAAGUGCAAAGGAGUUUCCGAAGAACUAAGAAACUGCAAUCCUCCACCACCGGAAUGUUCGUCGUUCAGUGACUGGGGCGAAUGGACAGCGUGUAAUGUGAACUGUGGUUCUGGCACUCAGAGGAGGAAGCGAAUCUGUUUAUACGGAGAUUGUGACACAGAUCUUUUGGAAGAACGAAAAACUUGUGACAAGCCCUCUUGUUGGAACGAAUGGUCCGACUGGUCAAUAUGUAGUCAAUCUUGCGAUGGUGGAGAGCAACAGCGAGAGCGAACGUGCUCCGAUAUCAAAGACGAUUGCGCUGGAGAUAGAAUCGAAGUCUCAGAAUGUAACACAGAGCCUUGUAAAAGCCAUGAUGAAGAAUCUUCCUGGGGUGAUUGGUUACCAUGCUCAGUUUCUUGUGGAAUCGGUUUCCAAAUCCGUGAGAGGUUGUGCGGAGGAGUUCUCUGUACUACAGCUAAUAAACAAGCUCGUACAUGUAAUGAACAGUCAUGUCCAAAAUCAACCGAGAUCAAAUGGGACGAUUGGGGUGUUUGGACUGAAUGCUCUGCAACUUGUGGUGAAGGAAUCCAAACAAGGCAUAGAGCUUGUCUAAGAGGAGACUGUCCGCCAGAAGAAUCGAAAAGAGAGCGCCGAUGUGUUAACAAGCCAUGCCCUGAAGUCACCUGGAAUGAAUGGUCUGAUUGGACCAAUUGUUUGUCAUGUUCUUCGACCGAAAUUCAUGAAAGAACAAGAACUUGCUCUAAUGGUCAUACAGGCAAAAGAUGCUUCGGUUCUCCUAUUGAGGUUGAAACUUGUGAUCGAUGGUGUGCAGCUGUUAACCAUUCUAAUGGAAAACGACGAGCGAUUGAAAUUCUGACAGCACAAGGAAAACGAAAGGUUGUUGCACAUGGAGAACGAAUAGUUCCUAUAAAUGAGAAGGAAGAGGAAGCACCUGAUUCCGACUGGAGUCAUUGGAAUGAAUGGACAUCUUGCAGUGCUAGCUGUGGUGGUGGAACACGAAGAAGAACUCGUGUUUGUAUGGGAGUGAAAUGUCCUCUGCAGCCUUUACAAGUGGAUAGACAAAGUUGUAACACAGACUCAUGUGACUUACUAGGAAAUCAUUGGAGUCCUUGGACUGACUGGUCAGACUGUAGCGUUUCUUGCGGAGUGUCUGGAUUACAAACUCGAAGACGUCGCUGUACGGCAUUUUUCAUAUUCCAGUGCUCUGGUGCAUCAUUAGACACGAGGAAUUGUCCAAACUUGAAACCUUGUCAGUCUGAGAUUUCUCAGGAAGUGCAAUAUCCCAACUGGUCUCCCUGGUCUUCUUGGUCGUCAUGUUCUUGUUUCACGUCAACUGAAACACGUCGUCGUUUCUGUAGGAUUGCUGAUCCAUCAGUACAAGGCUUCUGUUCGGGUCCGAUUUUGGAACAACGACCAUGUGUGGCAUCCAAUUGUCUUUCGUCACCUGGUGGAUGGUCGCUCUGGUCUGAAUGGUCUGUCUGUUCCAAAGACUGCCAAGGCACUGGACAUCAAAUUCGAAACCGAAUGUGUAGUGAGCCUAUACCAGCUAACAAAGGACCAUAUUGCAAUGGAUACUCCUUCGAUCAGCGAAGUUGUUCGUCUAAUGAACAAUGCGGGACAGCCAUAGAUGGCGGUUGGACAGAAUGGACUGACUGGAGUGAAUGCUCAGAUUAUUGUACAAACGGACAUAAAAGUAGAACAAGAUUCUGUUCCAACCCUCGCCCUUCGCAAGGCGGUCAACCAUGCUUCGGCUCAGAUUUUGAGUUGCAACCCUGUUCGGACGCUUCUAAGUGUCCUCACUCUCAUCGAGAUGGAAGUUGGAGUUUGUGGUCGUCAUGGUCUGAUUGUCCAGCAAACUGUGGAUUUGCUUUACAAUCAAGAUAUCGUUCAUGUGAUUUUCCACCUCCAUCAGGAGCUGGACUAUCAUGUAGAGGUCUUGCUGUGCAAAGCUCCAUCUGUAACUUAAAUUUUUGUCCGGAAUCACGGGAUGGCGAAUGGUCAGCCUGGAACGAAUGGUCUUCUUGUAUUUCAAACUGUGGCUCAGGCUCUCGAACGAGAAUUCGUGGUUGCUUAUCUCCUAGUCCAUCUGAUGGUGGUUCUCCCUGCUUUGGACGUAGCUCUGAAGUAGAAGAGUGCUAUGAUACAAACGACGAUAGCUUCUGUAGUCGUUUUGUGCAAAACUCACAGGUUGUCGAUUCACAGGUCUCCUCUGUAAUACUGUAG